GCUGAACUCCCAGCGAUGGACGUGGGUGGUAGUUCGGACCCCUAUGUUAAACUCUACCUGCUCCCGGACAAAAAGAAAAAGUUUGAAACCAAAGUCCACAGGAAGACUCUUGAACCCAACUUCAAUGAGACUUUCACCUUUAAGGUGCCCUACACUGAGCUGGGCGGGAAGACACUGGUGAUGACCGUGUACGACUUUGAUCGCUUCUCUAAACACGACGCCAUCGGCGCUGUGAAGAUACCGAUGAGCGGCGUGGACUUCAGCCAGUCUCUGCAGGAGUGGAGGGAUCUGCAGAAGGCAGAGAAAGAGGAGAGCGAACGCCUUGGAGACAUAUGCUUGUCCUUGAGGUAUGUGCCAUCUGCAGGGAAGCUGACGGUGGUGAUUUUAGAGGCCAAAAACCUGAAGAAAAUGGAUGUGGGUGGAUUAUCUGACCCUUACGUGAAGCUCCACUUAAUGCAGAACGGGAAAAGACUCAAGAAAAAGAAAACAACCACAAAGAAGAACACUUUAAACCCGUACUACAACGAGUCUUUCAGCUUUGAAGUGACAUGUGAACAAAUAGAGAAGGUGCAGGUUGGAGUGACUGUGUUGGACUACGAUAAGAUUGGGAAGAAUGAUGCCAUUGGGAAAGUGCUGCUGGGCCUUAACGGUACUGGGACUGAGCAACGGCACUGGGAAGACAUGCUGGCGAACCCUCGUAGGCCAAUAGCUCAAUGGCAUAGCCUCAAGCCAGAGGAUGAAAUAAAAGCCCUGCUUUCCAACAAGAAAUGAAGCAGUGACGCCCUGUUUGGUGGGCUACUUACGACAUUGUAGCAUUUACCUCCCCUUCUUCCAAAUAAUGUUUCUGACCUUCCCCUAAUUCCCCUUAAACACUUUAAGCUUCUUAACUAUGUCAAUCUAACCACUAUACCAUGUUUUAUCCUUGACACUAUGCAAGUGACUCUUACGGACUGGAAACCUUCUUCCUUGAGUAACUUUCCUCCUCCUGCUUGUACCUAAACUCCAACAGUGUUAAACAAAGAUGUAUCACUACAUGCAUUGCUAUUAAACCGUAGGAGAUUUUUUUUAA